AUGCCACACAACGCAGUCGCUACGAGAAAGCCAUUGGAACUGGAAAUCUCUGGCAAAAAUAGUAGCCGCAACAAUAGAAUCACCUUUGAGUAUGGGGAGACUGUGCGUGAUGUAUCGGACAGGAUUCGCAGUCAACUACAAUUGAAGCCAAAUAUGCAAAUUAUUUUCAACAGUCUCGAAGGACCGCACCAAGGGCAACUACAAGGAUUGCUGUCAGGUGACCGCAUGAGCAAGCAUUUCCCUCGAGGGGGAAAAGUGCGCAUCGAUACAAAAGCCCAAGUUCCGAGUGAGGCAGAUUUUAGCAUCCAGGGCAACAAAACGCAUCAGAGCGGCAAGCAAAACAACAUCAUUGCCAUGCAGGCAGAGAAAGACAAGGCGGCUAUCAAAGAGAACACGGCCAGCGACACGUCAAAGCAGAAUAAUUUCAUAACAAACGAUGCCAAAUCAGUCAUUGACAAGUUUAACUUUGACUAG